GAGAGACGGAUCACUCAGAGCCAGAGGAGCGUCCAGGCCGGACAGCGCGAGACAAACUCAAUACGUCAGAUAUGAGCCUCCAGAUUUGCCACUGCGGUUGGUCCAAAGCGACAACAUACCAUGGCCUGAGGACUCACCAGGGGAAGAUGGGAUGCACACCCAAGGGAAUGGGUAUCCCUGAGAGUGAACAAUUCAGAUUUAGCAGUUACCGUCCUCAACUAACCUACCAGGGACCUCUCAUAACAGUUAAAGAGCCUUUGAUGAAUACCUUCACCCCUCCUUUCAAAUCCGGGAGUCAACAGAACACCUGGAUGAAUCAAAAGGACAGUGGAGAAUUUAACUGGACCACUCCAGUCAGUACUGAGAAUGUUCCCGUGUCUCCAUACUUCACCACCACAACUCUUCCAGGAACAGAAGAUGAAUUCAUAGAGAUGAUCAAAUCAAGUAUGCAUUAUAAUUAUAGUUUUCCCACAGUAUUGGGAAAUCAAAUCUUAGACGGAACCAACCGAGUGCUCGAUUUCGCCGGUGGCGCACAGCCGUCGCUGAGGCCAGUGUCGCAGAUCUUCAGCACCCAAGUCAACCCUGCAGCCGCGGAAGUCCCAGGGAAGGAAACAAACAAAUCAGCGUUUCAGACUCCACCGCACGACAGCACAACGCACCAAACCAUCGGCAACGCUCGUAGAGCGCUUGAUUUCUCCACCAGUGCACAGCAGGUGGAGCAACAGGUCUGGGAUAUUCCAACAACCACAGCACAGGAAACAGUCAGACCAAAAGAGAGAGAGCAGGAGAAAGAGAAAGAGGAUCAGAAACUACAACAGGCGAGGCAAGACAGGAUGAGGGCUGAUUUACAGCAGAAAAUUCAGACCAGAGAACAAAAGAUGGCCGAAGUCAGAUCAUCUGUAAAAGCCUGCAAGGGCGGCCUGGACGUUGAAUGGCUGGAGAUCAGCAACGUGUUCUCAGAGGUGAUGAGAGUCGUUGAGGACACGCGGCAGCAAGCCCUCCAACCUCUGGAGAAGAGGAGAAAGAGAGUGAAGAGAGAAGCACAAGAUCUGGUCCAGAAGCUGCAAAAGGAAAUUGACAAACUCAAAAUGACCAUCGACGAGUUGGACAAAAAUCCUGACUUGCAGGUUUCACCUCAAACAGGCCUGGGCGAAACCUGUGACUGGAAAAAUGUCACUGUUGACACUUUAUUCUCCUUUGGUACGCUGAGAACUAUAACGUCAAACAUGAUGGAAGAAAUUCACAAGGAACUGGAUAAACUCUCUUCUGUUGAACUCAAGAGGAUUCCCACAUUUGCAGUGGAUGUAAAGCUGGAUCCGACCACCGCACACCCGUGUCUUGUUCUGUCCCCCGACGGGAAGAUGGUGAGAGAUGGAGGAAAGACCCAGAAGGUUCCUGAUGCUCCACAGAGGUUUGACAUGUUUGGCAGCAUCCUGGGGCUCAACAGGUUGUCCUCUGGGAAGUCCUACUGGGAGGUGGAGGUCGCCAACAAGACGGGGUGGGACCUGGGUGUAGCGAGGCGCGACGCAACGCGCAAGGGGAAACUCUCGCUGAGCCCGGAUAGCGGUUACUGGGCCAUCGUACAUUACGAGGAGGAAAAGUACGCCGCUCUGACGGUGCCGCCCGCCAGCCUCUCCCUGACAGGGAAACCUCAGAAGGUCGGGGUUUUUGUGGACUACGAGGAAGGUCUCGUGUCCUUCUACCAUGUGACGGCCAAAUCUCACAUCUACUCGUUUACUGAGUGUUCGUUCAGUGACGAGGUUUUCCCAUAUUUUAGUCCACAUCUUAAACAAAAUGAGAAAAACACCCAUCCUCUGAUCAUCUCCGCUGUGAAACAGCAGCAGUAGAUGGAUGAAGUGCAUGUGUUACUUGUGCACUGCUAGUUACAAUGCACCAGGAGAUUGGGUUUCACCAGCAAAGGGUUUGAAUUGGGUUUUUUGGCCUGAUCAUCUGAGGUGUUGGGGGAUUUAUUUCCUGUCUAAGUUUAGACUUUUCUUCUUCUUUUUAAACAGGGCAUUUUUUAUUCAAAUAUCAAUGAAGAGAUAAUGAGUUUUAUUGUGAGUGAGUUUUGCAAAAAUGUAUAUAAAAUUAAAAUAGAAGUCCUGCAUUGAGAAUAUUACUCUAGUAAAAGUAUAAAAGUAUAAUCAGUAAAAUUUAAGUACUCAAUGGCGAAAAAUGUUAUUAUUAUCAUGCAAUAAAGUAAAAGCAUGAUUUUACUGCUGUGGUUGGUUGAGGUGGAGAUUAUUUUUUUACUAUUUACGAUCAAAGUGCAACUCGUGAUUAUUUUCUUCGUGGAUUAAUCCACUGAUUAUUUUUGUAAACAUUCUGUAAACCGUGAGAAACUGAGUCCCAUUUACCCAGAGCCAAAAGUCAACACUUCAGAAUGUUUAUUUUGGUCCAAAAUACAUAAAUACAUAUUAAAUCUUAAUGGUCCAAACUUCAGCAGAGCUUUGCUUCGCUGCUGCGCCGGUCCCCACUGGAUCCAACGCCACGCUGCUGGUGGCCCAGGCUGCAUUGGGCACGUGAGAACCAGGACUGAGCGGAGCAGACGUCAGACCCCGCUGCAUUAAAAUGGGAGGGUUUCUAAUCUAAAGGGAGGCUGGUGUUUAGAAACACUUCCUAUUUCAAUCACCACCAGAAUCGACACAAAAUGAAAGUUUGUAAGUAAAUGUAGUUGGUUACAUUCCACCAUUAGUGUCUAUGCUUCACAUGAGUUCAACCAUUUGGUGAAAGCUUCAUUUUCUUCUCUGUAUCUCUUGUUAAUCUGUGUCAUGUUCAUCUGU